UGACGAAUGUUUAAAUCGCGAUGAACUUAAGUAAGAAAUAUCUAAAUCGUGAUAUAUGAGUGAGCUUCUUCAGAAAAAUGGAGGGUAGAAAUUACCUCUACACUCUAUAACCUUUGGUGCCGCUAAAGCCAAGAAAAAAAAAACUAAUAAAUGAUAUCACCAACAAUGGAUGAAAUAAACCGUUUAAUGACCUCUUGAAUAAAAAUAAGUAAUUAAAACAAUGUACCGUUGACAUGGCAAGAAUUUUUCAAUUACAAAUAAUUAUUAAAUUAAAAAAAUAAAAUUAUAAAAAAGAAAAAAAAAUGGGAACAACUCAAAGUCGUUACGAAGAUUUAUCAAAAAAUGUAUGUUUGGAUCAAUUUUGUGGGACUGAAUCAAUAGGACCGAAUGACACCUUCUGGAAUAGAUUUUUAUCGUUUAAUAUCCGGCCUCCAGUGACUAGAAAUGAUCAAAUUGAACUGGGAGCUCGAUUGGAUUCAACAUGCCAACGAUUGCUUGCUAAUAAUUUAAGUACUGGUAAUUUUGGUUCUUUGAUAACAGUCGCAUUGAUGAGAACAAAUGAGUUAUUAAAUUCACUACAGACUCAAAACAGUAUUAUGUCAGCUUGGCAAACAUAUAAUGCAUUAUUCGCAGUAAGAUGUAUUUUGAAAUAUUUGGUUGAAACUGUUGGAGAAGAUGCAAUGAUAAAACAUACAGAAGCUGUGCCUGAUAAUUUAGAUGAUGAUCAAGUUUAUUCAGGAAGACUUGAAUCAUUUGUUGAAGCUCUUAUAGAAAUAAUUAUAGAUGUGCUUUUGUGUGAAUUCACAUAUGUCGUACAUCUAGAAGUUAUUAAUUGUUUACUUGUCUUGCUCUCAGUGCAUUUAUUCUCACAAACAUCAGCAGAUUACAGUCCAAUUUACAGAAUAAUAAUGAGUAAUGAACAUACAGUACACGCGCCAAUCGUCAUCUGUACAUUACUUAAUAAUUUUGCACAACAAGAACAUGCACCACCUGGUUUACUAGCACGUGAUUCUGGUGGUAGCAUCGUUUUUAGUAUUGCCGCCGGACUAUGGAACGUCAUAACUCGCGGUAUGGGCAACAGUUUUAAAAAUAUCCAAGUAUCGAGUAACGGUGUCGUGGAAGAUGAGGAAAAAAAACGUGAUAUUGAAACACCAUUGGCUAGUCAAUCAUUAUUAUUACUCCUAGUAUUAACAAACCACUGUACCACGACAUACAAUCCAUAUCGAGAUGCACUAUUUUCAUUCACAAAUAUCCAAUCUGAUCAGUCGACAAUGCAGACGAAAUCCGUUACGUCUUUUCGAUUUAAUUUGGAUAAAUUGUGCAAUACUAUUUGUAAAGUUACGAAUACUGACAAAGUUACUCUAUUGUUGUACAUGUUACUGCAUCGUAAUCCAUGCGUGAAAGAGCAUAUUAUCAAACGAUCGGAUAUACAAUUACUUGUAACGCCUAUUUUACAAAUAUUAUAUCAUGCACCGGACAAUACAUCUCACCAUAUUUAUAUGUCAUUGAUUAUUCUUUUGAUACUUAGUGAAGAUGAAUCAUUUAAUAAAAGAAUUCAUGAUAUUAUGUUAAAAGGAGUUCAUUGGUAUACAGAAAGAUGUAUAAGUGAAAUUUCAUUAGGUGGUCUUUUAAUUCUUAUUGUAAUACGGACGAUACAGUACAAUAUGUUGAAGAUGAGAGAAAAUUUUUAUCUUUAAUUCACAGUGCAAAAUAUCCCUUGCGUCAAGAAAUCCUUUUUUUCUGAAUAUAAAUAUAUAAUUUUUUAUUAUUUGUUAUUGAUUAUUUUUAUUCAACUACUUUAAGAUAAACAAAAAGUUAAG